ACUCUACCGUGAAUUCAAUCAGCAUAUAUUAUCACACUAUUGUCCUUUAUCUCUUCCUCACGUUCUUGUGAAUUUGAAUUUUCCUAUAGUGAAUUUGUGAGCAGUGACCAUGGCUUCAAGGCUUGAGAUUGAAGGAAGUGAGAAUGAGCAUGGAGAAGAAGAAGAAGAAGAGUGCCCGGUGAAACAAGUGGAACUCACUGUGCCAAAAACUGAUGACCCUAGUUUGGACAUUCUCACGUUCAGAAUGUGGGUUCUAGGCAUUCUUUCUUGCGUGUUACUCUCCUUUGUGAACCAGUUCUUUUGGUACAGAACUGAGCCUUUGACAGUGACAUCAAUUUCUGCCCAGAUUGCUGUGGUUCCCAUAGGCCAUUUCAUGGCGAGAACGUUGCCGACUCGCGUGUUCUUCAAGGGAAGGCGCUUUGAGUUCUCGCUCAAUAGAGGGCCAUUCAAUAUCAAGGAGCAUGUUCUCAUCACCAUCUUUGCAAAUUCUGGUGCUGGAACUGUCUAUUCUACGCAUAUUUUGACUGCAGUGAAGCUCAUAUAUAGAAGAAAACUGGAUUUCCUUCCAGCCAUAUUGCUCAUGUUCACCACUCAGGUUCUGGGAUUUGGUUGGGCAGGACUGUUCAGGAAAUAUCUGGUUGAGCCAGGGGAGAUGUGGUGGCCUAAUAAUCUAGUGCAGGUCUCAUUAUUCAGGGCUCUACAUGAGAAAGACAAGAGAUCAAAAGGAGGCACAACUCGUACUCAAUUUUUUCUCCUUGUUUUGAUCUCUUCCUUGGCAUACUAUGUGUUUCCCGGUUACAUGUUUAAAAUGCUGACAUCUUUCUCUUGGGUAUGUUGGCUUGCUCCCAAGUCUAUCCUAGUCCAACAACUUGGUUCUGGCAUGCGGGGUCUUGGCAUUGCUGCACUGGGAUUUGAUUGGUCUACAAUUUCUUCUUACCUUGGUAGUCCACUAGCUAGUCCAUGGUUUGCCACUGCCAACAUUGCUGUUGGAUUUGUUUUUGUCAUGUAUGUGAUGACACCAAUUACUUACUGGUCAAAUGCCUAUGGUGCCAAGAAGUUUCCAAUAUUUUCAAGUGGCCUUUUUAUGGGAAAUGGCUCGGAAUAUGAAAUUUUGUCUAUUGUGAACUCCAAUUUCCAUCUUGAUCGUGAGGCUUAUUCAAAGAACGGGCCUUUACAUCUCAGUACAUUCUUUGCAAUGACUUAUGGCCUUGGAUUCGCGGCGCUUUCUGCUACGGUAGUGCAUGUUCUGCUCUUUCAUGGAAGGGAAAUAUGGAUGCAGAGUAAAAGGGCCUUUGAAGAUAGUAAAAAAAUUGACAUACACACAAGACUUAUGAGGAGGUACAAAUCAGUCCCCCAGUGGUGGUUUCACAUCAUUCUAGUGGCGAACAUAGCUCUGAUUAUUUUUAUCUGUCAGUACUACAACGAAUCACUUCAAUUACCUUGGUGGGGUGUGUUGCUAGCUUGUGCAAUUGCCAUUUCCUUCACUCUACCAAUCGGUAUUAUAUCAGCCACUACAAAUCAGCAACCAGGUUUGAACAUUAUAACAGAAUAUAUCAUUGGCUACAUGUAUCCGGAGUUCCCUGUGGCUAACAUGUGCUUUAAGGUGUAUGGUUACAUUAGCAUGGCUCAAGCACUAACGUUUUUGUCAGACUUCAAACUCGGUCACUACAUGAAGAUUCCACCAAGAACAAUGUUCUUGGCACAGGUGGUAGGAACAAUCAUAUCAGUAAUUGUGUACACAUUAACUGCAUGGUGGUUGAUGGGGACAAUCCCUAACCUUUGUGACAUCUCCAAAUUACCAGAUGAUAGCCCUUGGCGAUGCCCAAUGGACAAUGUCUUCUAUGAUGCUUCUGUUAUCUGGGGUCUUCUAGGACCACGAAGGAUAUUUGGAGACCUCGGCGAAUAUGCCAAAGUGAAUCUAUUCUUCCUUGGUGGAGCCAUUGCUCCACUUCUAGUUUGGCUUGCUCACAAGGCCUUCCCAGGACAAAAAUGGAUACGUCUGAUUCACAUGCCUAUCAUGCUUGGUGCUACAUCAAUGAUGCCCCCUGCCACUGCAGUUAACUACACUAGUUGGUUACUCGUCGCAUUUCUCUCAGGGUAUGUGGUAUUUAGGUACAAACAAGAAUGGUGGAAGCGCUACAAUUAUGUUAUGUCUGGUGGUCUUGAUGCUGGAACUGCCUUUAUGACAAUCUUGCUGUUUCUUACACUCAAUGGCAUUAGUAUUGACUGGUGGGGAAAUGGUAAUGUAGAUGGGUGCCCCUUGGCUCGUUGUCCUACUGCAAAGGGCAUUGCAAUUGAAAGUUGUCCUUUGCAAUGAUCACUUCUUCAUGAAUCACGAAUCUUCAUUUAGGUACAUUUAGUGUGUGCCAAUUUAUAAGAAUAGUUUCGUUUAAUUUUUAUUUUCAAGUGAAUGGCAACGUCCAUUUGAUGUAAAUGGGUAUCCAUAACAUUUCCUAUGCAGUGAUUUAGUACUUUGAAGAGUCUACAUAGCAAAUUUCAAGUAACCAUGAUAAACUUGUACAGGCAGCACAUUCUUUCCGGAAAAAAUGUUCCAAACACGUUGGUUCACUGAAUUGAAAAUAUAUAAAGAAGAUAUUGGCUAUUAAGUUUAGAUGAAUACAGAUAGAUAAGAACAGGAUGGAGAGGUUUCUCCAUGCUGGAUGCUUUUCAGUUGCUUCAAUUUAUAGACCAAAUUCAUUUCCUCAUCUUUCUACGAUAAUCCUAAAGAGACUUGGAGAGGAUGCUGCACCUGCAGUGGCUGAAGUUGGCUCACUGAAAACCGUUGAUCAAAAUGUAAAGUUUCUGUGAAAUACACAUAUUAUAAUCCAGAAGAUGUUAGAUGAUUUUUCAAGCCUGCAGAGCUAUAUACCAAUCGUGGUCUUCGUGGGCGAAUUAAAGAAUCCGUAGGUACACAUGUUAUCUUAGUUGUUAUGUUAGAAACGGUUGAAAUUAUGUCUCAGUAGCUGUUUGAAUUUUAAAUUUAAGUUGUUGGUUUGAAGUUGUUAUUUAAAUUUGAAUAAGUCCUAAUUCUGUUAGGAUGAUUAGUUAGACUAUCUUUGAAUUUGUUUAGAGUAUCUUCU